AUGCCCGACUCAGCGGCGAAUUCAAAUGCCCCGAGCGACCCGUCUCAGACGCCCGCUCCUCCGCAAUCUUCUGCCCCUCCUACGAACCACCAUGCCUCAGCUAUCGCGGAUGCCGAUACCCUCCCGCCAGCAUUGACGCCUGCAACGACUACCAGGCAGUCGGUGGCUUCAGGUGUCUCUUCGACACUGUGGGAGAGUAACAUUACGCCCACAUUCAACGCACAGCCUAUUCUGUCCGACAGCUCUGUCCCAGCUAUCCUCACCCACACACCUUCCCUCGAUGCACAAGUAGGCCCGUCUAACCUGACGGCCAGUGUAGGCUCAGUGCCUAGUGCUACUACGACAUUGACGAACACGCUCCCACCAACACAGUCUGCCGCCCUCCGCGCCCUCAAUGCCCCCGCAUUCCACUCGUCGCCCGCGAAAAGCAAGUCUGCGAAGUCAACGUUUAGUCGAACGACUGUGACGAGCCAACCGGUCGUAGUACGCACAUACUCCGCGUCACGCCACGCUUCACGCCCAGGCUCUGGGUUCAAUACACCACGGUCUUUCGCUAUGAAUGGACAUUCCAACGCCUCUGCUCUGUCGGCAGGCCUGGCAGGCAGGAGCGAGCAACUGCCUUCUAUAGACGACUUUUCCUUCUCUGCCAUUCUUCGUGCUGUAGACCCAGAGAUUAGGGACGCCGUCGACGCCAUUGCCGAGAUCUGUGCGCGGAGUAGAAUGAGUCUGGCGGAUGAGUACGAUGCGCACUUGCCCCCACAGGGCGAGAUUACUGGCGCCGGGCCUGGAUGGGCUACGAGCACAGGAGCUUUGGCUGGACGAGGUCGGUUGUCGAGAGUUGGUCAGGGAUGGACAGCGGCAGACAACACGCUAAUGGCUGUGCCUGAAGCAAGCAGCUCGAGCGAAAGGCUAGCACAAGAAAGCAAGAUCAGCAGCAGCAAAAAGAGGAGCCAGUCUGCGUAUGGCAGCUUGAAGAGUGUAAUCAGUGGUGGUAGUGGGAAGAGGAAAGCCAUCGAUGGCGAUACAUUCCGUGAUCAAGAAGUUGGCAGCUCAAAGCAGGUGGAGGCACAGAAACAACAAGGGCCUGCGUGGACCGUCCAUGCUCCAUCAUCAACUCAUCCGUCCAUCACGCUAGUCACAUUACCAACUGCUUCGAAACAGCUUUCCCUAGCAACGUCGACGGCUCUAGGGGACGUCUCAGAAGAAGCUGUAGAAGGAUCAAGUACUCGGCCUCACACAGCGUUACCACAAAACCCAUAUGCCCAUCGUCGAGGUGUUUCAACCUUGAGCCUCCCAGCUUCAAGAACACGAUCCAUAACUUUAUCCUCCAUAGCCUCCUGGCUACCUUGGCCCCGGCCCACAGAUCUCAGUUCAAGUAAUCAGCAAGAACUGACAAAAGCGGAAGCUCGCUUAAGAGAAAUGCUGAUGUCGUCGCAAGCCUUGGGGAAGGGCAAGGCUACAGUGAGCGUGGUUUGA